UGCAAAAUAUAUAGGUCUUGUACAUUUUGGCAAAAUUUCAUUAUAUUCAACAAACAAAUGGUCAAUCAAUUCAGAAAGUUGAAUUGUCAUCUUAACACGUAUUUCAUACAAUUAAAUUAGGUAUAAAUGUCAAGUGUUAAGAUCAUUGUUUAUAUUUCGUAUUAAGGUAUAAAAUUAAAAUACUUCUGUUUUAAAAUUAAAAGAUGAGUGAAGGAGGGCUUACGUCGAUUGACAAGUCGGAGAGUAGUUCGUUCGAAGACUUAGCUUCAGCCGCAGCGCAUGAGAUCGAGGAAGCGAAACUUGCUGAGGCAGCUGCUGUAGAAAAAGAAAAACAUGGAGAUAAACCAAUAGAAGAAUGGCAGGAUGUGUUAGGCUCAGGCGCACUGUUAAAGAAGAUUCUUAAGUCAGGUGAUGAAUCAAAUGGCUCUAGACCACAAAGAACUGAUAUAUGCAGAAUUAGUUAUGAACUUAAAUUACGGGAUGGGACUCAAGAUUUGGUAGAAAAACGGGAUCAUGUUAAGAUUUAUUUGGGUGACAAUGAAAUCCUUCAAGCAUUGGAUUUAGCGCUAACUCUUAUGUAUAAAGGUGAAGUUUGCCUUCUUCAAAUUGCACCGAGAUUUGCAUAUGGAGAUACAGGUCUUAAGCCCGGUGAGAGUCUGGGUUUGAUCGGGGAAGUGAAUGGACCCAAAUAUGAAGGUACACCGAUAGAUGCUGACACAUGGCUUGAAGCUCGUCUAGAAUUACAUGACUGGACUGAGGAACCGGAUCAUGAAACAUUACCUAUUGCAGAAAGGAUGGAAAUUGGUACACGGCGUCGUUGUCGUGGUAACUGGUGGUACGGUCGCGGUGAGGCUCAGCUGGCGGUGCAGUUGUACCGGCGGGCUCUCGACGUGCUCGAUGAGAGUGAGGGCGGCAUCACGGACCCCACGCCCUCGGGAGACAUGGCCCCCACAUCGGACUCACUGCACGCAUUGUUGGAGGAACGACUUCGCGUUUAUAACAAUAUGGCAGCCGCGCAACUGAAGGCUGGCGCCUAUGACGCUGCGUUGCAAGCCGUGACCCGAGUGCUGACGUGCCAGCCGACGAACGCGAAGGCGCUGUACCGCAAGUCGCGCAUCCUGAGCGCGGUGGGGCGCGCGGGCGAGGCGCUGGAGGCGGCGCGCGCGGCGGCGCGGGCGGCGCCGGCCGACGGCGCCGUGCGCAGCGAGCUCGCCAGCUGCGAGCGGCAGCGCGCGCGCGACCGCUCGCUCGAGCGCCGCCUGGCGCGCCGCAUGCUGGGCACCGACGAGCCCGCGCCCGACAGCAAGCCCAGCACCGCCAAGAUGUUAAUGUGGGGCUCUUUGCUCCUGAGUCUGCUGGUCGGGGUUGCCAGCGUGCUCGUAUAUCGUUACAAGAUGCAGUCUCAAUGAGGACACACGUCACAUAGCAAGUUUUUGAUAAAUAAAUGGUAACAUAAGGGGGAGAGGUAUAUCAAGUUCUCGUGAUUCCAGAGUAAUAAUAAAUACGACAUAGCUGUAGCUGUUUAAAUAUCAUUUAGCUUUAAAUACUUACAAGACGACAAAACAAGGAGCGAUAGCUUCGAGAGAAAAGCAGUGAAAAUAACCAGAUUUAUAUUAUAACUCGCUAAAUUUAUUUUUAUGAAUAUAAAAUCUUCCAACUUCCUACGCUUUGCAGACUAGAUUAUUGCAUUUCUUUUGUAUUUGUUUUCAUUUCUUAACAUUGGUUGCUAGAGUACUAGAUUUAAAAUCUUUGAAACUAUUUUUUUAUUGUAUAAAAUGGGUUCUAGUUUAGAGUACUACGACAGCUUAAACUUUGUAUGAUGACUAUGGAUUUCUUUUUAAAGUAUUUAAUUAUGUUAGCUUACUUAAUACCCAACUGUUUGGUGUUUAUUUGAAAGGCAGUGCCAAUAAAAUUGUAUUAUACAUAAUUUAAGUAUCAAACAUAUUUAUAUAUAAUACCUUCAAGGUUUAAUAGUGUUAUAGAUAAUAUAAUAAUGCAAAAAAAAAAUAUUUUUUGAAACUUUACAUGCUUUAGGAAAGAAAAAAAAUUUGCAUUCCAGAUGUAAAUAUGUACUUACCCAUUGCAGUCUUUUUAAAUAGAUUGUUUUAUUUUUUUGUUUUGACUAUCACCUCCUUUCAACUUUCAUUCCAAAAAAAAAAUAUGACAUUGAUAUUUUUUCGUGAACUAUUAAGGUAAAUAAAUAUUUUUAACAGUUUUGUCAGUUUGUAUAAAAACGAUACCCAAGUGAUGUUAUAGGCAUUUAUAUAUUUGAUAUUUUUGUUUUUAUUGUUGAAAUUACUUGGUGCUUUUUCUAAUCAUUUGGUAUUCUGGUAACUGUGAUGACGAUUUUCAUGCUCAGUUUAUAAACUUUCUUUCACAUAGUGAAAAACUUAGUAUAUAAAUAUACUUUAUAUUUUCGACUUUUCGUUUUUCAUAAUCACAUAUUUUUUUAAAUUAGUAAUAGAUGUUAAAAUUUAUGUUAUAAUAUAUGAGUUAAUAUAUAUUGGUUUGGUAGGUCAAUGGUGAUACCAUUAUUAUGUAACAAGAAAUAAAAAGCAUUG